AUGGCGUUGACCUCUCGCAUCACCCUCACAGGUGCGCCUGCCGAGGAUCCAGAGGACCUCUUCGGCGCAUCGCUUGGCGUAAUUUUCCCAGAUGAUGUGAUGAACCAACAUGGUGACGCCGACCACGGGCUCCUGUAUCAGUCACCGCAUCUCCCAAAGCCCUUGCAUAUUAGCGUGGCAGACCCCAGCGCCGACGAUGAUCGCCGCCUCUUCAGCCACUACCUCUGGAACGCCUCGCUCCUCCUAGCCGAAUUCGUCGAAUCCGGCACCCUCGCCCUGGGGCCGGAGCAGGGCGGCGUCACGAGCCCGUGCGGGCCCCCGCUGGCCGCGUUCGACGUCGCCGGCCAGUCCGUCCUCGAGCUCGGCGCGGGCACCGCCCUGCCCUCCCUGCUGGCCGCGCUCCUGGGCGCCAGCCGCGUCGUCCUGACCGACUACCCGGCGCCCGUCGUCAUCUCCAACCUCCGGGCCAACGCCGCGCGCAACGCCCGGCCCGAGCUGUCGCCCUCGUCCAGCCUCGCGCCCGUCGAGGUCGAGGGCCACGCGUGGGGCGAGCUGGGCACGCCCCUGGCCGAGAAGGGCCGCCGCGCCUUCGACAGGGUGUUUGUCUGCGACUGCCUGUGGAUGCCGUGGCAGCAUGAGAACCUGCUCAGGUCCAUCGAGUGGUUCCUCAAGGACUCGGCCGAGGCGAGGUGCUGGGUCGUCGCGGGCUUCCACACGGGGAGGGAGAAGAUGCGGGAUUUCUUCGGCGGGGAGCGCCUGCGCCAGCUCGGCCUCGAGGUCGAGAACAUCUGGGAGAGGGACUGUGAUGGCCUCGAGAGGGAAUGGGUCCUGGACAGGGGCAUCGAGGACCCCGUUGCCCGGAAGAGGUGGCUUGUCUUUGCUGUGUUGAAGAGGUCUGGGUCUUGA